UGAAAAGAAAUCCAAUAGAAAUGUGGACAAAUCAAUACAAUCCAUGCCUCCUCAAAAGCUGGGAUGCUAACAUGGAUAUACAGUAUGUAUUGGACCCAUUCAGCUGCAUAGUCUAUAUCAUAUCAUACAUUUCAAAAUCUGAACGGGAAAUGGGAAUGCUACUAAAACAAACUAAAAUAGAAGCUGCCGAGGGAAAUUUGAGUGCACAUGACACAAUUAAGAGAGUAGGAUCAGCAUAUCUAAAUCACAGGGAAGUAAGUGCACAGGAAGCAGUUUACAGGGUCUGUAAUCUUAAAAUGAAGGAGAGUUCAAGGAAAGUCAAUUUCAUUCCCGUGGGAGAAAAUCCAACUCGAUUGAGUAAGCCUCUUGGACAAAUAACAAAAAACAAGAAAGUCAAAAUUGGUGAAAAUGAUGUGAAUGCUGAUGAUGACAAUGAUGAUGAUGAUGAAGAAAACAGUUUAUGGAUGACAAAUAUUGUGGAAAGAUCCUCACUGAGAUGGAGGUCAUAUUGCACACCAACCAUUCAAUUCCUGCAGAUAUUAUUACAGUUGUAUUUCCAUAAAGUGAAGAGAUGUAAAAAAGAAUCUACAAUUUUAAGAACCAAUCAUGAAGAAAACCACACAUCAGCUGUUAACAAACAACUAUAUUCACCUUUAUUUGAAUUUAAAAGUUUUGUAUCUAGAUAAAGUAUAUUAUUAAGCAGUUUAUUAGUACAUUUCCUAUAAAUGUUUUGUUUAGUGCAUUUUCAAAUAUUAUAAUAUAACAAAUUUUAAUGUCAGAAAGAUCUUGAGAGCAAAGGGUGGUUUUCUUGUUGCAUUUAAUGCAUAGCAUUAUAGUGAAUUAUAAGGGACCAUAGAAAAAAAAGAUUAUUGCUCUAAUUUGUUUUACAUUUGUAUUGAACUGGUAAGAAUUCUCGAAUUGUAUUAGUUUUUAAAAAAUUGGCUGACAGUACUUCAAACUUAAGUUAUAAAAUAAAUAUUGCCGCCAUGUAAAAAUGUCAAUAAAACCCUUUUACUUCAAUUUUUAUGAAAUUUCUGUUGAAUUGCAUUUGAGUAUUUUAUAUAUGCGUUUUAAAAUUUUAUGUAUCUUCAAUGAAAUUUGUAAUGGAAAUAUUAGUUAUGUAAAGAAUUGGAUAUGCUGAAAUAUUUACAGUGGGGGUCUUAGAAUUACUUUGUUAGAGUCGUAAAUUUGUUAUAGGCGUGUUCGUUAUAUACAAUAAUUUUCUAAAGGUUUGUGUUAGAACUUUGCCAGGACAUUAAUAAUUAUUCGCUGUAGCCAUAUAACUAUAUAAUCGUUUUAUUCAAGUUUUGCUGUAUCUAUGAUUUGUUCUUAUUUAGAUCACCAGAGUGACCUAAGUCACUUUUGCUAUUGAUCUUUGUUGUCAAGCCAGGUGUGUUCCCUUUAUCAAUUAUGAAUUUGUAACAUUUCCUUUAAAACUAUUUUGCUACAUGUACUUGUAACCAUUUCAGGUUUAAAGCAUCUCUGGGGUGAAAGGAAUUUUUAUUGUAAAUUUUUUGACCUUAACACCACCAUGACCUCAUUGCUGUUGGUGAACAUAAAAAUAUAAAGGUGGAGGUAACAGUCAGAGAAGUAAGGAGUAGGAUACAGAUUAAGACUCCAAAAUAAAGCUUAAUAAGGUAGUCCAUCUAUAACUAUCAUAUUUCAUAUCUAAUAGAUUUUAAGUUUAAUCUCAGUGUGAUUUUAAGGGUUUUAUUAAAUAAUAAAGAUUCAGCUUUGAAAUUAAAAAAAUGAAUAUUAACAGAUUUAUCAUAUGUGGAAGUGAACAUUGAAGUCUAUGGGAAAAUUGCAUUUUUAAAUAUAUUUCUUUAGUACAAGUAAUUUUCUCACAUUUCUCUUGGUAAAAAAUUGCUAAAGCUUUCCCUUUCUUCGAAUAUGCUAAAAUAAUUCAUAAUUAAUUCAUAAUUAACCAUACAUAUUUUCAGAAAAUGAUUUUUUUUUAAAUUUCCAAAUCGGCAGACAACUCUUUAAAAAAGUUUACAUAUCAUAUACAUGUACAUGCAAAAACUUCAUUUAAUUGACUACAUACAUACUCCCGAGUCUGGUUUGUGUCAGUCUCAUAAUAACUUUAAAAUACAUAUUUGGUGUAGUAUAGAUCAAUCCAAAUUGUUUAAUUUACCUUAGUUAUGGAUGGACUACUUAAAGUACAAGGGUGAGACUCCCUGACAAGUUUAUAUAACUAGGGUUAUGAUACUUACUUGACCAUCAAGGUCAGUUGGCCUUUUGCUUUUAGGUUAAGUGAGCUUUUUUGAUCACUUUUUGUCCGGCACCUGUCUGUCUGUCUGUCUGUCAGAGUUAUAUAGAGUUAAUCUUUUAAAAUCUUCUACUAAAAACCAUAUAGCCAGAAAUGGUGAAAUUUGCAUGGAAGCAUCCUCAAAUAGUGCAAAUUCAAGUUUACUCAAAUAAUAGUUCCUGGGGGU